AUGCGGCUUAAUGUUGGUCGACUUAAAGAUGCUGAUCAGGCCAGUCCUGAAAUGUUCAGUCUUAUCAAGCGUAAUUCCUGCGGCAAGGCGCUCGAUGCAGCCCGUCUGGCACGUGAUAUUCUUGGCGCUAACGGUAUUUCGGAUGAGUAUCACGUUAUCAGACAUAUGAUGAAUCUAGAAGCUGUGAAUACCUAUGAAGGAACACAUGACAUACAUGCCCUCAUUCUUGGCCGCUCAAUUACAGGGCUUCAGUCAUUCUUUUAG